UUCAGGGAGCCGGCGUCGACGACAAGCAAGAAACAGGAUAUAAUGGGCGUCUUCCUCCUCUGGCCACGGACGCCAUUCCCGCUGCAUCCUCCUCCGCUGCCGUCCUCCUGCUUCUGCUACAUGGCGAUGGUGGCCGGCGGCAGCCAGCGUCGGAGAGUGCUGCUCGUGGAAGAUAACGAAGUCAACCGGGUGGUGGUGAGAAGGCUGACGAGGGAGAUGGGCAUGGGAUUGGAGGAAGCAGAGAAUGGCAGAGUGGCAGUGGAACUCAUCAGGCAGGGAAGAGCCUACGAUCUCAUCCUCAUGGACAAGGAGAUGCCUGUCAUGGAUGGUCACGAGGCCACCAGGCAGCUCCGAUCACUGGGAGUGACGACUCCCAUCGUAGCUCUCUCCGGGAACACCCUGCAGUCCGACAGGGACUCCUUCCUCGAAGCUGGUGCCGACCAUUUCGAAGCCAAGCCGCUUUCCAGAGGUCAAUUCAUGAAGAUACUGACCAAGUACGGCCUUCACCAGCUUUAGUAGCUCGUCUCUAGCUCUCAUGAAGCCAUUGCCCACUGCAAGGGGCUCAUUUUGAGGCUUCUCUCGUCAAUAAUUACAUCUAGUUUUUUGCUUUUGUCCUCUUUUCAGUUAGACACAAAAAAAAAAA